CUCUCCAAGUGAAGCACAUGCGCUUUGCUCCAUUAUCAUUACCUCACAAUUGACAUAACUGCUGACGGCUUUCGCAAUUUUUGAUUCACAAGGUUUAAGGCCAUGAAUGAUCCCGAACUGUACGCCCAGGCGAAUCCGUUCCAGGUUCGAGAUGCCAGCCAAAUCCUGGGGGUCUACAAGAAGCGGAUGUCGCCCGACGACACUGACAUCGUUUUGGACAUUGGAUGCGGUACGGGAGACGUCACCACGAGAAUUCUAGGACCAUCGCUGGGCCGCUUCGAGCUGUUACUCGGGGUGGACAAAUCCAGGGACAUGGUGGAGUAUGCACAGCACCAUUACGAGGACGAAAAUAUUUUCUUUGAAGUUCUCGAUAUCGCUGGAGACGUUACUGAUUUCAGAGAUGAAUGGGGCACCUUCUCCAAAAUAUUCUCUUUCUACUGCCUGCAUUGGGUGAAGAACAUCAAGAAGGCUCUGGAAAAUAUUCAAAGUCUGAUGAAGAAUGGCGGAGAGGCACUCCUGGUCUUUGUGGCUCAAUGCCCCGUCUUCGAGAUGUACGAAAGAAUGGCCGAAAAUGAGAGAUGGAAAAGCUACAUGGAGGAUGCAAACGACUUCGUUCCAAUGACUCAGCACUUGGCCCAGCCAUCUUUCGUCUUCUCACAAAUGAUGGAGGAAGUGGGCAUCUCUCCGAUUAACUGCUCCACAAUGAACCGAACCUUUGCCUUCACCUCGACAAAGAUGCUUAGAGAUUGCAUGGUUGCUGUGAACCCAUUCAUCAACAAAAUACCACUUCAGCAAAGAAAUGAAUAUAUUGAAGACUGCGUCAAGACUCUUUCAGCAAUUAAAAUAGAGUCAGGAAAUGUCAAUGAAAAUGAAGCCUGCUGCUUUUCAUAUAAGCUCUUGGUUGCACAUGGUGCAAAAAACUAACAGACCAAGUUUUAUUUGCUCUUACAUAUAUUCAGGAAUCUAACAUAAUACUAAAAUUGAGUGUAUGUUAUUGCACUGUGUCCAAACAUGAUAGAGAGUAUCUAAAAGCAUAACAGGAAUCAAAAUAUUUACUUUAACAUCUAAUAAGAAUGCUUAAUUUUUAUUGGAAAAAAAAAUGUAUAAUAUUUUAAAUAAAUGUAUAAUAUUGCGAAGUUUCUAUAUAAUCAUAAAAUAAAUCAUAAUAAAUUUUCAUUCAAUGUACUUCCUUUUUACUUAUUAUUUUAAUAGGACCAAUGUUUAUUUUUAGUCAGAAUCAUCAUGAAGUGUAAAACAGAGACUUUUAUUAGGUACAGAUCUAUAUCUUCCUGAGUACUCAUAUUCUUUACUAUCUGGUAAAUAAAUGUAUAAUUAUAAUUAUGAAACAUAAUUAUAGAAGUUAACUAUCAUCUGCAUUACUAAAUAACUUUACUGAACGAAGAAUGAUGGAAUGCAGAAGAUUUUGGCAAAUGUGAAUAUGUCAACAUUUUUUGAUAAUAUGUUGCAAUUUUAUAAUCUGAACAUAGCUUGAUUUGGUAAUCGAAGAUAACUACUACAAAAAACAUGACGCUUUUUAUUAAAUUAUCUUCAUUAGAAAUAUACAAUCAUACCAAGUAAAUUUUGCCAGAUUUAGCAAACUAUUAUUUUAUUACGAACUCUAUUGUGAAUUUUCCUAAAUGUAAAUAGGGACAUAUGAUAGAAAACAGCAGUGGGCUUGUCUACAUAAACAGAACUAGCCCAUUAGAUAUUUAAACAACAAUCAUAAAUUCUUUAUCAUUUUGGAACAGAUUAUUUUGAACUUUUGUAUAAAAACAUUUUAUGGUAUGUUUAAAAAUCACCUUUUAUUCAAAAUACAAUUCAUUUUUUUAAUAAAAAAAUUAAAAUUGCAAAUUAUUCUCAAGUAUUUGUUAAGCAUGUAAAUUUUUGCAAACAAAAAUUUAAAUUCUCUAACAUUUUGGAACACAGUGUGUGCAAAGUAUCAAUAAAGGUAAUUUUAUUUAGAUUAAUAAGUUUUUAUGGAGUUAGACAGCAGUUAUAUAAACAAAUGCUAACAAAAACUGCUUGGAAUUUAACAGCAGUUACAUAAACUAAUAUGUGAAAGAUAAUGUUAUGUUCUAAUAAUGUAACCAGGAUUUAGUUGAUAUAUAAUGACUAACAAUUAAAUUGUAGCAGCAAAUAAAAAAAUCUAACAUUAAUA